AUGGACCACACCAGGAAACUCGAAAAAUCCCAAGCCAAAAAAGAGAGGUGCCGUCACAAGGAAUUCAAGCGUGGGAAGAAUAUCAAUGAGGCAUUUGACACUCUUCAACAACAUAUCCCAUUCCUUCGAUCCGAUGAGAGAAAAUCGCUUUCAAAAAUCAAGGCGCUUCGUUUGGCGAAAAAAUAUAUUGAGCAUUUGACACAACUGGCAGAGGGUAAUCAAAUGGCGGACCCAGUAUCCAACGAGACGCGUCCUCUGGAAUUGACAGAUUUCCGACAAGUGGUGACAGAUGAGAUGAGAAGCAGAAAUAGUUAUCGAGAGAGGGCAUUCUCUGAAGAAAUGGAGCCAGAAGCUGUUCAAAGGAUUCUGACGAGAGAGCAGAGACGCAGGCGUUUUCCGAUGGAGGUCAAAGAUCAUCAAACCCCUCAAACCCUUCAAAACCAUACUCCUGCUCCUCAAUUUAAUGUCAAUCAAUACAACGUCCAGCAUAUGACUGUCCAAGCCCCCAUGAUGAUGGUACCCCAUAUGGUACCAUAUAUGGAAAACAACAAUUAUCAUUAUUAUCAGACAACAAAUCAAAUAGGGAGUUAUUAUUAUCACUGA